AUGAACAUUAGUACAAAGCAACAGAGCAAGGAUUUAGCAGGAUUAUCAUUAAUUGCUGCACAUUCUCACAUUACUGGAUUAGGUUUAGAUGACAAUUUGAGGCCUAAAGAAUCCGCCCAAGGAAUGGUUGGGCAAUUAAAUGCAAGAAGGGCCGCUGGUGUUAUAUUGAAGAUGGUUCAAGCAGGUAAAAUUGCAGGUAGAGCUGUAUUAAUUGCUGGACCACCUUCCACUGGUAAGACAGCCAUUGCCAUGGGUUUAUCACAAUCUUUGGGUAAUGACGUCCCAUUUACUUGCAUUGCUGGAAGUGAAGUUUUCUCAUUGGAGUUGAGUAAAACCGAACUGUUGAUGCAGAGCUUCAGAAAAUCUAUCGGAGUCAAGAUUAAAGAAGAAACCGAAAUCAUUGAAGGUGAAGUGGUUGAAAUCCAAAUUGACAGAUCUAUUACUGGAGGUCACAAACAGGGGAAGUUGACAAUAAAGACUACAGACAUGGAAACAAUAUAUGAAUUGGGAAAUAAGAUGAUUGAACUGUUGACCAAGGAAAAGAUCUUGGCUGGUGACAUUAUUUCCAUUGACAAGACCAACGGGAAGAUCACCAAGUUGGGUAAAUCAUUCUCUCGUGCUCGUGACUACGAUGCUAUUGGAUCAGAUAUCAAGUUUAUUCAAUGUCCAGAAGGUGAAUUGCAAAAGAGAAAACAAGUUGAACAUAUCAUAUCUUUACAUGAGAUUGAUGUAAUUAACUCCAGACAGCAAGGGUUCUUAGCAUUGUUUUCAGGUGAUACUGGUGAAAUUAGACUGGAAGUCAGAGACCAAAUUAACAUAAAGGUUGCAGAAUGGAAAGAAGAGGGUAAGGCUGAAAUUAUCCCUGGUGUAUUGUUCAUCGAUGAAGUACAUAUGUUGGAUAUUGAGUGCUUUUCCUUCAUAAAUAGGGCUUUAGAAGAUGACUUCCUGCCAAUUGUUGUGAUGGCUACCAACCGUGGGAUCCUGAAAACUCGUGGUACAGCAUACAAGUCGCCACAUGGUAUUCCAAUGGAUUUGUUGGAUAGACUGAUUAUAAUUCACACGGCUCCAUAUAAUGUUGAUGAAAUCAGAACUAUAUUGACCAUUAGAAGCAAUGAAGAAGAAGUGGAAUUGAGCGGAGAUGCUAUUGCUUUGUUGACCAAAAUUGGCCAAGAAACAAGCCUUAGAUAUGCUUCUAACUUGAUUUCUGUUGCUCAACAAAUCUCAUUGAAGAGAAGAAGCAAUAUCAUUGAAUUACAAGAUAUUAAGAGGGGAUACAUGUUGUUCUUGGAUCUGGAUAGAAGUGUGCAGUACUUGGAAGAAAACAGUGGUCAAUAUAUUGAUGAUAAGGGUACCUAUUCCGUUAAGGCUGCCGCUGUUCCAUCUACCACUUCUGAUGCUGUCGCUGAACCAGUGGUUGGUGGAGACAUCAAGGAUGAAGUCAGCAACGGAGACAAAAUGGAGAUUGAGAACUAG